AUCCAGUGGAGGAGAGCUGCGCGUCCUCACCAAGUUGUCUGGCCGCUAUGAUUGCCCGCACUCAGCCCUGAUAAACAGCUGCUUACCAUUUCGGCCACUUUCACACACAAGAAAAGUUCGGUCCAAAACUCCUCGAAUCUGGAUUGUGUGUGUGUCUGUGUAUUUUCGCGCACACUGCUCCGAGUGGAUGUUCAGAUAUAGAAAACUCUGCACCGCUGGAGUCUGGAUUCGAGGUUUGCGUAAUGCUCAGGCGUCCUCUGUGCAACAUCUGGAUUAACUAUUUGGAGUCGGAGCUAGCGGCCCUGCACAAAACUCUGACUGUGUAGCGUCUCUUUAUGGAAAGACUUGCCUUUUACCCUGGAAUUUAACUUUUUCAUUUUUUUUAUUUUUUUGCGCAAUAGAUUAUGUAUUCCCAAAAAUGGGUGCGAACAAUGGAAAACAGUAUGGAAGCGAGGGUAAAGGGAGCUCAAGCAUCUCCUCUGACAUAAGUUCGAGCACAGAUCACACACCAACUAAAGCUCCGAAGAAUGUGGCUACCACCGAAGGUUUAGACUCCAGUACGAGGACGCUGAGCACCCCCAGCCCAGGUCUGAUCCUCCCCUCCAAGUCCUCCUCUCUGUCCUCGCCCGCCCUCUCCAGCAACGGCCAUGAGACCAACUCUUCAUCCUCGUCUUCUGCUCCCGCCGAGACGGUCGCCGUCAUCCACCCUCAGCCCGGCACUCACACCCGCUCCAGGCAGAAAAGCCACCACCUGGCGCCCAUCGACCUCCUCCCCGACCACACCCUGCUGCAGGUCUUCUCCCACCUCCCCACCAACCAGCUAUGCCGCUGUGCUCGGGUGUGCCGCCGCUGGUACAACGUGGCGUGGGACCCGAGGCUGUGGGGCACCGUCCGGCUAACGGGGGAGCUGCUUCACGCCGACCGGGCCAUCAGGGUGCUCACCCACCGGCUGUGCCAGGACACCCCGAACGUGUGCCUGACCCUGGAGACGGUGAUGGUCAACGGCUGCAAGAGGCUCACCGACCGGGGGCUGCACGUGGUGGCCCAGUGCUGCCCCGAGCUGCGACGCCUGGAGGUCGCCGGCUGUUACAACAUCUCCAAUGAGGCUGUGUUCGAGGUGGUGUCCCGCUGCCCCAACCUGGAGCACCUGAACCUCUCAGGCUGCUCCAAAGUGACAUGCAUCAGUCUCACCCAGGAGGCCUCCCUCCAGCUGUCCCCCCUGCACGGCCAGCAGAUCUCCAUCCAUUACCUGGACAUGACCGACUGCUUUUCCCUCGAGGAUGAGGGUUUGCGAACUAUCGCCUCCCACUGCCCCCGCCUCACGCAUCUGUAUUUGCGCCGCUGCACCAGACUAACGGACGAAGCGUUGCGCCACUUGGCCCUCCACUGCCCUUCGAUACGGGAGCUUAGCCUCAGUGACUGCCGCCUGGUGGGGGAUUUCGGCCUGCGCGAAGUCGCCCGUCUGGAGGGCUGCCUGCGCUACCUGAGCGUGGCCCACUGCACCCGCAUCACUGACGUAGGAAUGCGCUACGUGGCCCGCUACUGCCCGAGACUGCGCUACUUGAACGCGAGGGGUUGCGAGGGGCUCACGGAUCACGGCCUGAGCCACUUGGCCAGGAGCUGCCCCAAACUCAAGUCCCUGGACGUGGGCAAAUGCCCGCUGGUGUCGGACAGCGGGCUGGAGCAGCUGGCCAUGUACUGCCAAGGCCUGCGGCGAGUCAGCCUCAGAGCCUGCGAGAGCGUGACGGGCCGAGGACUCAAAGCUCUGGCGGCCAACUGCUGCGAGCUGCAGCUUCUCAACGUGCAGGACUGCGAGGUGUCGCCGGAGGCCCUGCGCUUCGUCAGGCGCCACUGCCGGCGCUGCGUCAUCGAGCACACAAACCCCGCUUUCUACUGAGACGGGGCCAGUUCUUGGACCGGUCCUCUGACAAGCGGAUGUUCUAAUAUUCCUGCUACGGUGUUGGCAGAGUCAGAACUGGUGUGCAAUACUGGCCAGAAUCUGUCUUUUUUUUAAAAAAUCCGCUCCGUGGCUGUUAAUGCUGUGCUUUUGAAGAUACUUCCACAGAAUGUAUUUAACAUAUUUAUCUGUAAAAAGGCAGAGACGUACAGUAUUUCAGUAUAUUACGUUCCCCCUCUGGCAUCACCAUUUGCAUUGUAACAACAUGCUACGACACUGAGCACUGGGUACAGCUGCGUUACCAUUUAAAAGCAUUGUAAUAUAUAUUUUAUUUUAAAAGUCGUCCUCACCUUAAGGCCCUGAAGCAUAAUCAUUAUCAUACAUUACUAUUUAUAAACAGUAUCUUUCAGAGUAAACCACUGAGAAUGUAGCAGCAACAAAGCCGAUACCGGUGAUUUUCAAAAAUAUACUCAGUUUCACUUUCUUCGUGUUAGCGUGCAUAUGCACUUUAUGCAAUUGUACUGACAAUCACUUCAACUGAGCUCCAGGUGUCAUAUUUUCACAUUUUUGUCAAUUACAUUUGUGCUAAUUCAAGGUUUGCUUUUACUUGAGAGGGCUUUUACUUGGCAGAUAGAAACAACGUGUAAUGGGAUCAUUGUUGACGAUAAACAAGAACACAUUGCUGCUAUAACUGUGCCAAUAAAAAUCUUCUAAAAUCCAA